GCUCGGAUUAAGACGUUCUGCGUGAAAAAGAAAAAAGAAGGUUCGCCGCUGCCGUUUCGUGUUUUUUUUGUUUUUGUUUUCUUGAUCCGUGUAGCGUAAACAAACCGUACCCUCGGGGGGUUGGUUUGCAACACGAUCCUCGGUGGUUCCUACUCUGCGGCUAGCAUCGGCAUGCAAAGUGUUGUGUUGUUUGUACGUAAGGUGGUACGAUUUUUGCCGUUCAAAAGUGUGUCGUGAGCGUCCAGUAAAAAUUGUACUCAAUUCAACACAAAGUGACUUCAUAAUUAUCACCGGAGCAACGACCGUGAGUGCAACAUCUGCUUGUCGCUUCGAGGACUUUCAGCACGCCCUCGUCACUGUUUGCGCGAAAGCGAAUCUUGACUGAAGCCAGUGAAAAGUCCGGAGGAGAGGCGGGUAGCAGCAGAGUGAAAAAUGUUUCAUCGUCGAUCGUCCCUCGCAGUGGUGAUCAUCGUAUUUGGAUACCUGCUAAUUAUAGAUGGCAGCGAGGAGAACGUGCGGACAAAGCGCGGCCGAAAACCGCGAGUAUCGGUGCUACCGGCGCGAGUUGAUGCCGAGCCUAGCCAAAACUUGGACCACGGGGAGCCACAGGGUGACGAUUCGCCGGUAAUACCGCCCGGUUUUCUCAGCCCGUCCGUGCAGGAGUACCUGGAGCUGGGAAAGUCGAUCCCGGGACGACCCGGAACGGACUACCCCAUCCUGGCUGCCGUCCCGUACACCAACUUCUACUGCGACGAGCAGGAUUACCCGGGCUUCUUCGCCGACAUGGAAACAAGAUGUCAAGGCUGGCACUACUGCGACAUCGACGGCCGGCAGGCAACGUUCCUCUGCCCAAAUGGGACACAAUUCUCGCAAGCGGUAUUCGUCUGCGACUGGUGGUUCAAUGUCCGCUGUGAUCUAUCGCCGCGGUUGUACGCCAUCAAUGCCCGGCUCUACCAGCGUCCGAAGGUGAAUCCAACGCGGAAACAUCGGAUCAUAACCAAACAGCUGGUGGAGGACAUUUUUAACAAAUGAGGACCUCAUCCUCAUCGGCCCAGCACGCCGGUGGUGUUCCUCCUCUCUGUCACCAUCAGGCCCGGCCGCCGGUGCAGUUGCCGUUUUUUUGCUGUUUUGUUCGAAACGAAUGAAUGAGAACCGAGUGAAGUUUUCCCAUGUCAAGAGAGCUUUUGCUUUCUUGUCCCCAAAACUCCACAAACCCGUCCGGUAAAGGGACCGGGGGUACAGAAGCAUUUCAUAAAAUUGUUUUAAAUUAAAUAUUUUAAAUCCCGUCAAGAUGGGGGAAGUCAAGAUACGUAUGUUGUGCAAAUCCAAGUUCCGAGUUGAAUCGCUUUUCCGGUGUACAAAUGGAAAGUUUGUUCUGCUUUCGGCCGACCUCCUGCCGGAAAAUUUUACGUCAGGUGUACCACCUACCACCAACAUGAAAAGCGUCUAACGACGGUGUUCUCCGUGUACCUUACGCGUCGUAGAAGUAGAAGGAGAAAGCUACCGGUAAAAUUUGAAUUUAAAUUAAAUAAAAGCAAACACAAAAUUUUUAAUACACUUCUCGAAUCCCCGUAUACUCCUCCGGUAAAAGUAUAAAGGGAAAACUGUAAAUGAAACUAAUUUUCAAACGAUUGCGAUACAACAUGAGCGCCGGAAGGUAUUUGAACUUAGGAAGAAUGUUACGAGUACUUUCAUAUGAAACCGUUUAAAAGACUCCUAUCGUGUGUGUAUGUUGUAGGGGACCAAGCACAAAUUACUGUACGUGAUCCCGUCAACUAUUUUACUCUCUAUUAAAUUUAGAAUAAAGUUAAAUUUAGUGUUAUUUUUCACAUAACGUCCUUUAUGAAUGGUCCUCCAGAACGAUGACAAAACGCGACCUGCAUCCCCCUUGAACUAUUCUGAACAAACAUACCCAUAGCACCGAGACUUAACGGUCCCGAUGCUCCACGUCAAAUGUAAAUAGAUAAAAGUUAUGAGUGAGCAAAUGUGUAACUUGAGUUAGUAUAUUUUGUUCUGUGUUAGUAUAUUAAAAUUUUAAUUGCAGGAAAGCGAUUCACAAAUUUCCGCUUUUAAUGAAAGCGGGAGAAUGCAUCAAAUAUUAACUAAAUAAAUAGCCACGGAACUGUGUACAAACGAAUGACUAGGGGAAAUUCUACAAAGCGAUUCAAUUUUAGGUGAAAAUAAAAUUUAAAAAAUACUUUCUCUGCUAACAAUAAACCGGAUAUGAUAACGAUUGCUGCGAGAGUGCGAAUUUUCAG